AUGAGUGCACAAGGUGAGGGACCCGGUCAGCCUUCCACUGCUGCCCAGGAGCAACCUGCAACCGCAGAGCCUCAGAAGAGAGGACGAGGCAGACCCAGGAAGCAACCACAAGAACCAACUGGUGAACCAUCUCCUAAAAGACCAAGAGGAAGACCCAAGGGAAGCAAAAACAAGAGUCCCUCUAAAGCAGCCCAGAAGAAAGCAGAAGCCACUGGUGAAAAGCGACCCAGGGGCCGGCCUAGAAAAUGGCCUCAACAAGUGGUUCAAAAGAAGCCUGCUCAGGAAGAGACUGAAGAAACAUCCUCACAAGAGUCUGCAGAGGAAGACUAGGAGACCACGCCAUGCAAUUUC